AUGCGAACAUCAAGGCUGGUCCCAGGUCGUUAUCCACCAGCGGGGACCUCACCCAUUGCUGACGCCAUUCGGGUCCGUCGUGGCGCGAGAGGAUUGACGCCCUUGGAUGGCACUCUGUUGCACGUACCAUCCGUUGCGGAAGGCUGGAAUUCGCUUUUGGGUGCAGUUCGAAGCAGAGGAAAGCUGCCGGGAGAUGUCAGAGAGUUAAUGAUUCUACGCGUCGCGGUAUGGAACCGCGCUGCUUUCGAGUGGAUACAGCAUGAGCCCGUUGGACGAUUAGCUGGCCUUACUACGCAGCAAUUGCAAGUAAUUCGAGAUACAGAAGGCCUCCUCAAACAACCCCUCGCCGAUCUCCUCAAACCGUUGCACCUUGCGGCCCUAUCCUUCGCUGAUAGCUCGACACGAGAUGUUAAGGUACCGCCGACCGUAUCCAAGAAGUUGAUGCAGGAAUUGCGUCAAUUGGUUGUAGAGGGUGAUGGCUUCGACCAGGACAACAUUGACGCAGCGGUGCAAGACUUAUAUGUGGAGGCUUCCGCUGUUGUCGCAACUUACAACAUGGUUUCGAGAUUCCUUGUGGCAACGGACGUAGCAGGUUUGUCGGAUGAGCCUCUGCCUUGGCCUGCAGACAAGCAAGAGCACCAAAUCCCCAUCGCGGAUGCCCCGGAUUCCAAGCUCCAUGUCGUCACGCAUACCACCAAUCCGGAUGCGCCAUGGAUCAUUCUCUCCAACUCCCUCAUAACGGAUCACUCCAUGUGGAACGAGUACUUGCCAUACCUUCUAGGGCCCCGGCGAGAGCACAACACAUUCAAUGUCAUUACCUUUGAUCAGCGCGGACACGGAGCGUCGGACCUGCCUCCCCCUCCAUCCUCGAGCACGCCAUCGUCGACAUCUCCCAUAGGUCCCAUCCCGCGCUGCGUCACAAUCGCCCGCCUCGCUCAUGACAUUGCCCACAUCCUCGACGCACUAAGUAUUUCGAAGGUCCACGCAGCGAUUGGCGUAUCUCAGGGCGGGGCCGCCGUACUCGCUUUUGGAGCGCUAUAUCCCCAGAAAGUGGGUAAGAUCAUUGCCUGCGACACCGGACCUCGAACUGCUCCAGGGAACAAGGAUGCCUGGGACGAGCGAAUUGCACUGGCCAAAAAGGACGGCAUGACCGCGCUUGGAGCAGUAACAUCGACCAGAUGGUUUCCCAUACCCCCUGAAUGGCAAUCAGACCCGACGCCAUCUAACAGGUUGUUGUACAAACAAUGGGCGCGCGAUCGCGCUAUCGCCAUGAUCAAGAAGACGCCUCUGACUGGGUUCGAGGCUGGGGCGCAGGCGUUACAAGACUACGACCUCAUCGCACCCCCAGAAGAUCCUACGAAUGAGAAUUAUAUUGGCAAGUCGAUAAAGGAGUGUACGGUCCCGACAUUGCUGGUGGCUGGCAGCUUAGAUGGAGGGGGCAAGGUUCCUCAGGGGAUGAAGGAGCUCGCGGAUAGUUGGCCUGCUGCGCAGUUUGUCGAAGUAGAAGGCGCCGGACAUUUGCCGAUGGUAGAUGCAGCUGCGGCAUUUUGGCAUGUCACCGGGGGCUUUUUGUGA